AUGGAUAAAAAUAAUGUGAAGAAAAUCACGAUAUUCGACAGAUGUGCAUACAAAAACUGUAAUAAUAUCAAAUCAGAAAAUUGUAAAUUGUUUCGUUUUCCACAGAAGACUGAUGAAAGAUUUGACAUUUGGAUAAGAAAUUGUGGUAAUGAAAAGUUACUUAAGUGGUCCCCAGCAUCAAUACAAAAAGCAGGAUUAUGUGCAGACCACUUUAAUAAAGAAGAUUUUAUAAGCUGUACAAAAUUACAUAUUAGAAAGAAUCCCAUACCGUGGACCCCAAAGGAGACUGACAUUACACAUUUUGUGAAAGAUAAUGCUGAAAAAAUUACAGAAGAAGGCAAAAUUAAUGAAAAUAUUAUACAAGAAAAUGUAAACCAUUCGGAUAAUCAAGACUGCAUUCCAAUGGAAGUCGAAACGCAUGGCGAUUUUCAAGUAAAUGUUGAAGAAAUAAACAAUAACAAUACAAAUGAAGAAGUAGCUAAAAAAAAAAUAACGACACGUAAGAGAUGUUACCCUUCCGGAAAAGAACUUUUCUAUAAUUUCGGAAAUGACUUCGCAGACGAUGAGUGGUUUAAUAAUGAAAAUCCACUUCCACUAUUUUUGGAUAAUUACUCGCAGAAAGAAGUGAAAGCGAACAUGAUAAAAAGGCGAGUAAAAACGCAAAAAAAGUCUGCUUCUGAAAAAGUGUAUAAGAAAGAUGAAUUCUCCGAAAUUGAAAAGUUAAAAAAAGAAAAUUUGAGACUGAAAAAACUUCUUAUGGAGAAGAAGAGAAAACAAAAAAAUAUGACUUAUAUGUUGAAACAGCGCAAUAUUGCAAUUCAGAAAAACAAGAACGUUUGCAAACACAGUCUAAAUGAAUUUUUAAAUGGAAAGAAAUGUUUAAAACCACUUGCGAGAACUAUGAUAAAACUUCAGUUUCAUAAGAGACGAAAAGAAUAUACAAAAGAAGAAAGAUUUAGCAAAACAAAUGUUUUAUUAUUCCGCAAGUGGAUAUUCACGGAUGAGAAAGGCUGGACUAAAUCUCCCAUCAGAAUCUUCUGUCAAGAAUUGGAUAUUAGAAACAGAAAUUCGACCAGGAUUUUGUGA